AUGAAAUUUCCGGUUUUCGAAUUAUGGUAUAACCGACAACUGUGGCCGCCUGUUUCAUGUUUCUUUCGAGUCAUGAACAAAUUUGUUUUUUCUUUUACUUCCGUUUUCGUCUGCCUAGCCGCUCCUCGAGCGGGCAUUGCCCAGCCACACACCAGUGCGCAGCCACCCACCGUCUGCUUACAGUGCUAUAGUCAGGUUACCGAAUCUUGCGGUAAACGGUUCGACGAUGAAAAAGUGCAGCAGGCGUUAUGUGACGCCGGAUAUUGCUAUACAUACGUCAGCGUAGAAAUUGGCUCCGUGCCGCAGGUAUGGCGUGGCUGCGGCGGUGUAUCCUGCAGCCUAAUCCCAAACCCAGGCGCUCCUUCAGAGUACUGCGACGAAGCGGGCCGGCUGGUGAUUGUGAACACCAGCAACGGAGAGCUUUUCAACCAGAGCCGCUCAUUCGGCUUCUAUGGACCCUUCGGGCCGAAGCAGACACGGGUGAGCGGCACUGUACGGAACUGCGACGUAGGCUCAAACUGCAAUUCCGAGUCCGCGCACAGUUUAGUCCUGCAGAACUACCAGCACCUCGCCGUUUCAGAUUCUCAAGUCAGCGACGUAGCAGUGUCCGGCGGAACGCCGUCCAACCACGACCUCCCCAGAACACCGGCUAUCGAGGAUGUUAUCGUCAUUACAACCAACAGCAGACGUGAAACUGAGCGCAUCUUUCGAUGCAAAUACUACCUCAGUUCGCACACGUCCUGAAGCUAGAGGCAGACAAUUCGGGCUUAAUCAUACGAAUACAGACUACUGGACGGUACUCACCAGCGGAAACAUCGGACGGCGUACCUCUUCGGCUAGUCACAUACAAAGUCCACGGAGUUUCUAUCGGUUGGAAUAGCAUCAGCACCAUGCUUGAUAACGUGCAUUCUAGAAUGGGGAGUGUCGGUCUCCCGGAUGUGUGGGCUGUCCCGAAUGAUGUUCGAGCGCUGAUACCAGUGUAGGAAUUCCAGUUACAAAACAAAACAGUUCUUUGUUGAAUGCCGAAUUUGCGCCUGAUGCGAAAUGCAAAAAAAAACGAUCAGCUGUUACCUUAGCGUUUCCUGAUAAUACGGAAUGGCCGCAAUAUGUAUGGGUGCCGUCAUUGAUGCACAUCCAAAAUUAAUUCAACGUUACAUGUUGUGGACUCAAGUAGGCGGAUAAUUUUGUGACGUUCUUGGUUUGCUUUGAAAUAUUUAUUAUCGAAUUUAUUUUUAAAGGUUCUAUGAGCAGUUUUAAGUACUGUAGUGACACCCUGCACUUGGAGAAAUUUUGUACAGUAUGAGCAGCACGGUACUGUAGACAGGUGGAUUUAAAGCCGAUUGCGUUCAGCCAAUAGCCAGCAGUCUGCAUGCAGUUGCAAGCCGUGUAUGUGAGCAGUGAACGCAGUCGUACAACGUACGCGUGGCUGCACAGCUA